AUGCAUAUGUCACAACAACUUAAAUAUCAAAUAGAUAAUUUUCCAAUUACCAGCUAUUCGUGGGAAUUAGUUUGUAUUUAUUUCGAAAAGAAAGCUGAGCUCGAAGUUGAAGAAGAUCGAAUGAGUUUCUCAUAUUACUUUAUCCAUGAAUUCGUACGAGUAAUGAAGGAAUUCGAAGAUAAACAGCAACCCAAACAACAACAACAACAACAAGAUAAUAAUAUAGUUAAUUAUAAGUCGCUGGAGGAAGUUAUCCAAAGCUUUCCAGUCACAAGUUUAUCACUGGAUUUGGUAACAGUUUACAACCAAAAGAAACUGCAGAUUAAAGAUGAGUCAGAUCGAAAUCUGUUCCUUUUGUACUUUUCCAAAGAAAGAUCAAGAAUAAGAAGAGAACAAAAGCAACAACAGCAACAGCAACAGCAACAACAGCAACAACAGCAACAACAACAACAGCAACAGCAACAAAAAACAGUUAGUCAAAAAGAGGGCAACAAAAACACAUAUCAAUUUAAACAACCCACAAUUAAAAAUAAAAAAGAUAAUAAAAACAACAACAACAACAACAACAACAAUCAGAACGAAAAUGACAAUUUUAAUUCGAGAAACAAAAUCAAUAAUAACCCUAAAUCAACAGGAAAUCAAUCAACUUAUCAAUUUAGAAUUCCAACAAAUCAAAUUAAAAUAGAAUACAAUAAUAAUAACAACAAUGAUGGAGUGGUGGUCUCUGUUAUUGGAAUUGUAAUUGCUAGAUGUCUCUUGAACUUUGGGAGGAUGGGUCGGCAAGGUAAUCAAUGUAGAUCAAUCUUAAAAGAGUCUGUAAUUCAAGCAACAAUCGAUCUAUUUAUUCAUAUUUAUAGAUAUAAUAAGACAUUCGGUAUUUCUACAUUGAUUGUCGGUUUCGAUUCAGACGGUACACCAAAACUUUUUCAAACAGAUCCACCCGGUUCAUUGAAGGAACAGGCAGCCGCCAUCGGACGUAACUCAAAGACUGUCAGUGAAUUUUUAGAGAAGAACUUUACAGAUGAGAGUGAUACUGCUUCAAUUAAAUUGUCUGUUAGAUCAUUUCUUGAGAUACUUACCUCAACUACAUAUCUUAGUUUCGAUCAACUCUACAACUCAAUUACCAUCAACUCCAUAACUAGGUUACCGAUGAACACGCCACUCUCAAUUUCCAUCUGCUCAACUACUCCUUCAGUUUCACAAAUCGAUAAAAUAAAAUUAAUAGAUAAUUAUAAGGGAGCAGAAGUAGCAAAUGUCAUUCCACUAUCGCUUAUCCAACAACAUCAUCAACCUCAACUUUAUGAAAUAUUUCUGGAAAUGAGUGAGUUUGGAGGUGUUGAUGAAUUAUUUGAUGUUGUGGUUGUUGUCAGUUGUGGUUCUGUUGGUAGCUUACCAUUAGAAUGGUUUAAUUAUUGGAAAUUGAAUCAAACUUCAAUAAAAGGAGCUGGUCCUACUAUUAAUGAAUUAAUAUUGAUCCCAGGAACUGAUUUUCUUGAAGUACACUUAAAAUGUCCAAACCAAAGUGGAAUCAGUGAUAUCUAUCCCAAUGAAUAUGAUCUGAGAAUAACUACAGGAAAUCAACAAUACAAGAUUAUGUUAGAUAAAUCUAUUUUGUUGUCCUCAGUAGAUGGUUAUUCUCCUUCUGGACCAUUUGAACUAAUCAAGAAAUAA